UAAUAAAGGAAUCAUUUGCCAUCAGCGUCCGUCGCACGCUCUCGUAAAGAUUACGUCAUCACGUCCGCAGCCUAGCAGCAGAAUCGACGGCGUAAACAAAGCGAGCCGCUACGAGCUAAAUGGACGAUGUUUCUUUGGUGAAAUAGUGGCUGUGUCUAUACAUUUUUUCACCAACCUAUAGACGGAGCUCGGCUUCUCGUCGCUGAAUUUUAAGACUUACUUUUCCGUUGAGUUCCAAAAAAAUUAGCCUACCGUUACUGCUAGCUGCGUUAGCUCUAGGUAGCCUUGGAUAACGGGAUUUUUGUAGUCCUGGAAUAGUUUUCAAUCGAGUCGGUGUUAUUUAUUAAAGCUGUUUUAUUAUUUUCACUCAUGUCGAGUAAGUAGAGAGCUGCUAACUCUGCUGGCAUGAGGAGUUAGCUCGCAAUGAUGUAGCAACUCGUGACUAAAAGGAUCGUUGAUCUGGAUAGCUAGAUAGCCCCCCUUGGAUCGAUGACCACCUAACCAGCUGCUGCGAUCUGGAGGCGGACUGACAUGUUUAGUUUGAUGGCGAACUGCUGCAGCUGGCUGAAACGAUGGCAGGAACCUGCCAGGAAGGUGACCCUGGUGAUGGUUGGUCUGGAUAACGCAGGGAAGACGGCGGCGGUGCGAGGAAUCCAGGGAGAGAAUCCGCAGGACGUGGCUCCCACUGUGGGCUUCUCCAAGGUGGACCUGAAGCAGGGGAAGUUCGAGGUGACCAUCUUCGACCUGGGAGGCGGGAAGCGGAUCCGCGACAUCUGGAAGAACUACUACUCGGAGUCCCACGGCGUGGUGUUCGUGGUGGACUCCAGCGACGUGCAGCGCAUCCAGGAGACGAAGGAGACCAUGGCGCAGGUCCUGCAGCACCCGCGCAUCGCUGGAAAACCUGUCCUGGUACUUGCUAACAAACAAGACCUGGAGGGGGCGCUGGCAGAGGCUGACAUCAUCGAGAACCUGUCGCUGGAGAAACUCGUUAACGAGAACAAGUGUCUCUGUCAGAUCGAACCGUGCUCCGCCAUCUUAGGAUGUGGAAAGAAGGUGGACAAGUCCAUCAAGAAGGGCCUGACCUGGCUCCUCAGCAACAUCGCCAAAGACUACGAGGCGAUUGCUGAGCGCGUGCAGAAGGACACGGCGGAGCAGCGCGCGCUGGAGGAGCAGGACAAGAAGGAGAGAGCGGAGAGGGUGAGGCGGAUACGAGAGGAGAGGGAACGGCUGGAGCACGAGGAAGCAGAGCGGGAAGGACAGCCCGUCCAGGAGGACGAGGCUGACGGGAACAUCCAGAGCCCCUUCCAACCCAUUGGAGACUUAAUCUCCGAGAGAGAAGAGACGGAGAGGCAGGAGCAGCUAGAGUUAGGAGACAGAAGUAACGGUCCAAAGGAGAAAGAGGAAGAGGAGGAUGAGGAGGACAACGCUGGAGAACCAAACGACAUGAGACAAACAGCAGGAAACAUGACGCCCACAGGCGAGCAGAGCAAGAAGAAGACGAGCAAACUGCAUCUGAAGAGGAAGCACCGGGUCGACCCGCUGAGGGCCGACGACAGCCCCACAGAGAGCCUAACGCAGCCGCCGCCACCGCCACCCGUGGGAUGGGCCACGCCCAAAGUCUCUCGGCUGCCCAAACUCGAGCCGAUCGGGGACUCGGGACAUUCUGAGUUUUACAAGAAACCGCUCCCGCCGCUCGCCAACAGGCCGCGACCUAACGGUGACUCUCAAGAUGUCAUCUCUUAAAGCUCCUUCACUGACAAACUCAUUGACUGAGGUCAACUUUUGACCAAUCACAGCUCUUUUCUGUGCUUUCUGUCCCAAGCGAGCGCGGUGUAGACCACCAAAACCACACCAAUGGGACAACCGUGGGAGCCAGCGGAUUGAGCUGAACAGAGGAGGAAAACGAAGCCAAGUUUCAUGCGGAACUGUGCAUCAAAACAAUAGAUUUGUUUUCUAUUAUUGAUCAGUAUUGAAAUUUGGGAGUCAGUGCAUCCAACUAAAACACUUUAAACUGAGAAGCAAUGUAAAUAAAACCUCAUCUAACCUUAGCACAAUAAGAAAGGACGUUCAAGUUCCUCAGUUGUUUCUUUGUUGUUACAAUGCAGUUGGACACACUCUUUAUUUCCUCUAAAAUGGUGUAGUUGUCAAGUUU